UUAAUCGUCGACUCCCUUUGAAAAAAUAGUUUUCCAGAAAAUUUUCCAUGUCUGCUUCAAAGUCGUCAAAGCGUUCAUCCUUGCUACCUUUUGAGUUAGUAGAAGAGAUACUUUACAGGAUUCCACUUCGAUCUUUGGUACGAUUCAAAUCCAUAUGCAAACAAUGGUACGUUCUUUUAAACGGCAAAAGAUUCAUCUACAAACACUUCGAUCUCUCCCGGGAACAAUUCAUACAACUGGCCCACCACAAUAAAUCAGUUAACCUCUUUAAUCUUGAGACUCAAGCCCCCUCAUGCUUGCAAGGCCCACCUGAAAUUCAUAGAAUGAUUCACUGCGACGGUUUAUUGCUAUGUCAAUGUAUUGAAAGAGAUACUAGUAAGCUCGCAGUUUGGAAUCCGGUUUUAAGGCGAUUCUGUUGGAUUGAACGUUCCUUGAAAUUUUACCUAAGGCUCGAUAUCAUCCAUGGUUUUGGAUACGACAAUGUAUCUCGUGGAAACUAUAAGAUCAUGAGGUUUAAUGUUAGGAAAAAUUCUGAUAUGGAAAUAUAUGAGUGCAAGUCCAAAGUCUGGAGAAGUAUUGAUGCUGCUCUUGAUUCACGUGUGAAGCUUUGGUUUCCUGAUUAUCAAGCUUUAUCCAUGAAUGGAAACAUGUACUGGAUUGCUCAUAGGACGAAGGGUAACAACGAAACGGAGAUCUUAGUCCAAAGUUUUGAUUUCACUGCAGAGAUAUUCAAAGACAUAGGCUGUGGUGUUCCUUUCGAAACUGAGUGUACCUGUCUGCGUGGUGCUAGUACAUUAAUCCUGUCAAGUUUCGGAGGAGAUAGGCUUUCUUUAUUAUAUCAACAUAGACGUGUGAAGAUUGAGGUGUGGAUUACAAACAAGGUGACUGAUGAGGUUGUUUGUUGGAGCAAGUAUUUAAAUGUUACUGGCCCUGACCUUCCGAAAUUACAUUAUCCGGAAUUUUACAAUUUUCCGACAUACUUCAUCGACCAGAAGACCAGUACUAUCAUUGCAUGGUGCGGGGAAUUCAAUUCCACUAAGGAAUAUAUUGACAUCAACGUUUACGAAAUAAGCGAUGGUAAGAUUAAAAAAAAAACUAUCAAGGCAGGAGGACAUAGGUUGGGUUAUCGCUGUCAUAACCUUUGCUAUGUAUAUGUUCCAAGUCUUGUUCAUCUUCCAGAAUAAGAAAGAGACUAUAG